CUUUUGUUCGCUAAUUUCAAGACAUUUAAUCUGUUUCUUCAACGAUACAAUACAUUGGCUGCGAAACAAUGCUAUUAUUCUGUGACCACUCAAUGGAUUUACUCAACAAAUAUAACACAACAGAAUAGAGACCAACUCCUCAACGCAACCGAAGUGUUCAAUCGCUUUCAGAAACAACAAUCAAUUGAAGCAAAAAGAUAUGAUUGGACUGACUUUGAGGACAAUAUUCAGCGACAGUUUGAAAAGAUAGCGCUAAUUGGAAGCGCUGUCUUAGAGGGCAACGACGGCUUAACGUACUCGAAAGUUUUGAACGAAAUGCAAACCAUUUAUAGCACAGCAAAAGUAUGUCUUCGAGACAAAUGCGGUCUUGAAUUAGAACCCGACUUAACGCAAAUAAUGGCCACUUCUGGUAAUCAUUCAGAGCUAUUAGAGGCGUGGGUUAAAUGGAGAGACGCUUCGGGUAAACAAAUGAGAGAUAAAUUUAUUUCAUACUAUAGUUUGGGUAAUAAAGCGGCACUACUUAAUGAACUCCCGAAUACAAAGUUUGAAACGUUGUACGAUCUCUGGCUAUUUCAAUGGGAAACGCCUGAUCUUAUGAAACAAACGUACAAAUUAUUGCAUCAAUUAAUGCCAUUUUAUCAGAAACUUCACGCAUAUAUACGGAUCAGAUUAAGUGAUGCAUUGCCCACCGAAAUGCCCGCAGACAACACUCUACCGGCACAUCUGUUGGGCAAUAUGUGGGCUCAACAAUGGAGUCAUACCAUGAAUACAGUGGAAGGCGUUGAUCCUUACCCUCAAAUCCAAACAAUCGAUGUGUCCGAUGCUCUCAAGACACAAGUGAAGCAGAUUUUUAUUAAACACUUCAAACACUUCUCAAUCAAACCCGCGAGAAAAAUGUUUGAGCUCUCAAAUCAAUUCAUUAAAGAUCUAGGUUUGGAUCAAAUGACUGAUAGGUUUUGGAAGAAUUCGGUGUUUGAAAAGCCGAGAGACGGAACAGAUAUGUUUAGCUCUCACGCGUCGGCCUGGGAUUUCUAUACCACCGAUGACUUCAGGAUAAAACAGUGCACUCGAGUUGAUAUGGAGAGCUUUAUAAAAAUGCAUCACGAAAUGGGACACAUCGAGUAUUACAUGCAAUACAAACACCAGCCGAUCGUCUUUCGUGAAGGCGCUAAUCCAGGUUCUGGGUUUCACGAAGCGAUUGGCGAUGUAUUAGCCCUCUCUGUCUCUACUCCUAAACAUCUCAAUAAAAUAGGACUUUUGGAAAUCGACGACUCUUUAGAUUUAUAUAAAAUUAAUAUUAAAUCUCAGUUGAAAAUGGCUUUGGAGAAAGUGGUUCUCUUACCCUUUGCUUACAUUAUGGAUAAGUGGCGGUCAGAUGUGUUCUCUGGCCGCGUCUCCCAACACAAUCUAAACAGGCAUUGGUGGACAUUAAGGGGACAAUACCAGGGAGUCUCACCACCCUGUAAGAGAAGUGAGCAAGAUUUUGAUCCUGGUGCCAAAUUUCAUAUCGCUAACAGUGUUGAGUAUAUUAGGUAUUUUGUGUCAAUUAUACUUCAAUUUCAAAUCCAUGGCUCUCUUUGCCGUUUUGGCCAAAAAGAUGUUCCGCUCUAUGAAUGCGAUAUCGAUGGCGACAAAGAGGCCGGAAAUAAAUUAAAGUACAGUUUAUUAAAACAAGGUGUUUUUGUUUUGACACAGUAUUUAAGUCUUAUUAAUGAUUUCAGAGAAGUAUUAUUGUUGGGCUCCUCUGAGAGAUGGACUAAACAAUUGGAAAGACUGACAGGUAGUCAAGAAAUGGAUGUCAAACCACUACUCGAUUAUUUCAAACCACUGCAAGAUUUUCUGGACCAACAAUUAGUGGGUGAAGAGAUUGGAUGGGAUUUUAAAGUUCAAACUCUUUUGAACUACUAA